AUGGCCGACGACAGACGUGGAGGCGGUGGCUACAACAACCGCAAGAGACGCUACAACAGAGACGACGAUGAAGGUGGUUACGAUCGCAGACCUCAGCGCAGAAGAUACGAAGAUGCUCCUCCUGGCACAAGGCUGCGCCGUCAGCUCCUCUCGGUCGCUGAAUCGCCAAUGAAGAACCCUGAGGACGAAGUGACGGAAAUCGCAAAGCUCGUUACCGAAAACUACCACGACAACUACGUCAAGGAGACGUAUUGCGAUCUGGUUCUGUCCCUGGUUCUCGAGCAACCUUUCAAGAUUCCCUUCGUCGCCGCUUCCGUCUUGUGCGCCAACAACGAGAAGAGCGACGCUGCCGCCGAGGUUCUCGGCCGCACAUCGAUUCUACUGCAGCGUCACCUCGAUGCUGGUGAAUGGCGCAGCGUCAAGCUGUUGCUACGAUUCCUGGCCUGUCUUCAGCCUCUUUUCAGCGACCAUGGUGUCUUUGCUAUCUUGGAAGAGCUGUUCGACCGCGCCGUCGAUCUCCAGACUGCCUCGUCAGACGACGCCGUUGGUCUCGAGCUGGUCAAGAUUAUUCUCCUCACCAUUCCCUAUGUCCUGGCUGCACCCGACACUGGCUUGGAACAGCGCGCCGCCGAGCUGCUAGAAAAGACCGACAUCGUUGCCUCUACACCGCAUGCCCUCGAGGCCCUGGUCGACCCCUACCCUACGGCUGAAGGCGAACAGAAGCCCAUGGCUUGCCCCAGCAUCCUCAGCGCAUUGCAGAGCCAGCUGCAGGGUGAGGCUGCCUCGGGCUGGAAGCUCGCCUGUAUUCCCCGUCUGACUCGUGUCACUGCUCCGGCACCUGCUGAGGGUGAGAAUGGCGAACAGGCUGCCUCCAACAAGCACUCGUUCCCCCAGCUCUCGGUCCCUUCGCCCGUGAAUCCUGGUCCCCACGCCCUCUUCCCCGAAGUCUGCUUCUCGCUGUUUGCCGACCAAGAUGUCGAAUCCGUCCCUCCUACUUCCAACAUUGCCGCAUCCCUGUUACGAGACGCCGUCACGGAUACUAUUAACAUCCUCGACUUCAACCGCAACGCUGCUGCCAAAUUCCUCAUCGAUGUCGACUGCUACUGGGCUCCCAACACCUUCGUCAAGCGUGCCACCGCUUUCGACAAGCUCAAGGAUAUCCCCGAAGGACGUUCGACAUGGAAGCCCGAAGACUUGGUUGUCGAUGCUGUCUUCUCUCAGAUCCUGCGCCUGCCUACCUCGGAACACAAGCUCGUCUACUACCACUCUGUCAUCACCGAGGCUUGCAAAAUCGCUCCCGCUGCCGUAGCUCCCAGUCUGGGUAGAGCUAUCCGUUUCCUCUUCCGUAGCUUGGAUGUCAUGGAUCUCGAGCUUCAAUAUCGCUAUAUGGACUGGUUUGCCCACCAUCUGAGUAACUUUGAGUUCCGCUGGAAGUGGGCUGAAUGGAUCGACGAGCUUGAGCGUUCUGAUCUAGAGCCCAGAAAGGCCUUCAUCGUUGGCUCGCUAGACAAGGAAAUUCGUCUCUCUUUCGCCAAGCGUAUCAGAGAGACUCUUCCUGAGGCCUACGCUCCCCUCAUCUCUGAGGGCAAGAUGAAGGAUACCCCCGACUUCAAGUACCUCGACGAGCAGACUCCUUACUCGCAACAAGGCAAUGCUAUGCAUGCACUGAUCCGCAGAAAGGCUACUGAAGAAGAAAUCGAGGUUGUCAUCAGCGAGAUCCAGACCCUGGCCAGCGAACAAGGCGUCGAGGAUGUUCUUGUGCCCAGCACUGACGCAUACAUGACAAGCAUCUGCUCAGUCGGGAGCAAAUCGCUCUCUCACGUUCUGUCCUGUAUCGAGCGAUGCAAGGAACGCCUCCUCGCAAUCGGCCCCCAAUCUGAACUCGCUCGUCGCCAAAUCAUCACAUCAGUCAUCGACUACUGGGCCGACCACCCGGGCACCGCCGUCAACAUCAUCGACAAACUGCUCAACUACACCAUCAUCACGCCCAUGAGCGUCAUCGAGUGGGCACUCCACGACCACAUGCAGCACGGCCGCGCACUCGCCCAAACCCACAUCUACGAAAUGAUUUCGGCCACCAUGUUCAAAGUCAGCAACCGCAUGCGCCAGAUCGUUCGCGCUCGCGCUGAAGCCGAUCUCUCUGAGGAGCAAAAGAGCUUGCUAGACGAGACGCUCGUUCGCGAGCGCCAGACCAUGCGCGAUCUUUUCAAUGCCAUCAUCGAGGCUGUGGCUACCGUGGCCAACGCAGCUCAAGACGACAUGAUUGAGCGCUUUGACGGCGAUUCUGCCGAGCAGACUCUGCUGCAGCAGUGGGGUGCGCGCUGGGCGAGGGUCUGGAGACGUAAGAUGGCUGUCGAAGAGGCCAUUGUCAGCGAAGCCGCCAUCGAAGCUGCUGAUGUGGCUAGAGAGGCUGAGAGGGUCAAGGCUGAGGCACAGGCUGCCGCCGAGGCCGAUGCUAAGGCUGCUGCUGAGCAAUCUGCUGAUGCCAAGAUGGAGGAGGAAGACCAUGAUAUUGCAUAA